AUGAAAGUUAUAUUAUUAUUUGUUUUAGCUGUUUUUACUGUUUUUGUUUCAAGUAGAGGAAUUCCAUUAGAAGAACAAAGUCAAUUCCUUGAAUUUCAAGAUAAAUUCAAUAAAAAAUAUUCACAUGAAGAAUAUUUGGAAAGAUUUGAAAUUUUUAAAAGCAAUUUAGGAAAAAUUGAAGAAUUAAAUCUAAUAGCCAUUAAUCACAAAGCUGAUACUAAAUUUGGUGUAAACAAGUUUGCAGAUCUUUCCAGUGACGAAUUUAAAAAUUAUUAUUUAAAUAAUAAGGAAGCAAUAUUCACUGAUGACCUUCCAGUUGCUGAUUAUCUUGAUGAUGAAUUCAUUAAUUCAAUUCCAACUGCAUUUGAUUGGAGAACUAGAGGUGCUGUUACACCUGUAAAAAAUCAAGGUCAAUGUGGUAGUUGUUGGUCAUUUUCAACUACUGGUAAUGUUGAGGGACAACAUUUCAUUAGUCAGAAUAAAUUAGUUUCAUUAUCAGAGCAAAACUUGGUAGAUUGUGAUCAUGAGUGUAUGGAAUAUGAAGGUGAACAAGCUUGUGAUGAGGGUUGUAAUGGUGGUCUUCAACCAAAUGCAUAUAAUUAUAUCAUUAAAAAUGGUGGAAUUCAAACAGAAUCUUCAUAUCCUUACACUGCUGAAACAGGUACACAAUGUAACUUUAACUCUGCCAAUAUUGGUGCAAAGAUUUCCAAUUUUACAAUGAUCCCAAAGAAUGAAACUGUAAUGGCUGGGUACAUCGUUAGUACUGGACCACUCGCAAUUGCUGCUGAUGCUGUUGAGUGGCAAUUUUAUAUUGGUGGUGUAUUUGAUAUUCCAUGUAAUCCAAAUUCACUUGAUCAUGGUAUUUUAAUUGUUGGUUACUCUGCUAAAAAUACAAUUUUCCGUAAAAAUAUGCCAUAUUGGAUUGUAAAGAAUUCUUGGGGUGCAGAUUGGGGAGAACAAGGAUACAUUUAUUUAAGAAGAGGAAAGAAUACAUGUGGUGUAUCAAACUUUGUUUCAACUAGUAUAAUUUAA